AUAAGGGGGUUUCGAAUUUUUCCCAUUCUCUCUCACUCUUAUCUUCUGGUACUGUCGUCUACUAAUAUAUCUCUACUUUGGAAAGAUUGACCACUCAUUCAUUCAUUCCUCUCAUUUCACAAAUCUUUUCUCCAAAUUCAGUGCACUGAUGGCUACUGCUAAACCCUUCACCAACAACAUCUUCCAUUUCUUUCUCUUCUUCUUCGUCUUUACAGCAGUCGUCAUACAAGGUCUUGCAGCAACGGCUCGUCGAGUAGAAACUCUUUCUCACCAUCAACAGCGAACGGCAGUAGUUCCUCAUUCUUCUGCUUCUCUUCGAGAACUAAACUUAAAGGGUGUAAGAGACGGAUGGAGUAAGAAGAGAAAUUCAAGAAGAUUGAUGAUAGGAUCUACAGCUCCAACUUGUACUUACAAUGAAUGUAGAGGUUGUAAAUUUAGGUGCAGAGCUGAACAAAUUCCAGUGGAUGCAAAUGACCCUGUUAAUAGUGCUUAUCACUAUAGAUGUGUUUGUCACAGGUAAUUAAUUAUUAAGAGAGUCUGUUAAGCAUCAUCAUUCAUUAAGAAUCAGGUUUUGAUGGUCAAAUUUUGUAAUCACCAUAUGUAUUAGUUACAUUUCUCAUUCUAUAAUCUUUUUAUUCCUUGUCUCUCUUUGUUCCUAGGAAUUAUUUUAGAUAUGAUUAGAGUGUUUUAAGUGGGUUUUUAAUUAAGCUGUAAUUUUGUGAUUAUUUUGAACAUGAGAAAUUUUCUGUUGUUUA